UAUAGCUUAAUCAUUCAGCGUGGUAUUUUUUUUUAUAUACCCCGGAUGUGACGUAAGUCAACAACUGGAGGGAUAAUAUAAAUAAGAUCGUAUUCCACGGACAGUUAAUUUGGAUUUAGCCAAACAUAUCAAAACCAUAUAUGCUUUUGUUGAAAAUUAAAGUAAAGAGCUAUGCCUGAACCAGAAUUAUUAGGAUAUAAACCUGCAGCUACAGAAGCUGGACAAGGCCAAUUGCUCAAUGGAGCAGACUGGCAUCCACCAGGAGGAAAUGGUCAGUUACAACAGAAUGGUGCUAAUGGGAUACCAGUGAAGAAAAAAGAGUUUCUGUCAGAUCCAGAUAUUGAUACAAGACCAACAUCCACUGCAGAUCCAGACAAAGUCAACUUUAAAAAUGGACGAGUGUCUCCUACAGCGAAAAGUGACAAAGAUGAUAAAGAGAAAGAUAAAGAGAAGAAAGAACCAGAAAAAAUGGUCGGCUUUUUUGAAGUAUUUAAAUUCUCCACAUGUGUAGACAAAUUACUUAUGAUUUUUGGAUCAAUCUUUGCCUUGGCCCACGGAGCAGCAUUACCAGCUAUGAUCAUUGUGUUUGGAGAUAUGACAGAUUUGUUUGUAGAAUCUGGGAUGUUUGAACAAUUAAUGAAUGACAUAAGAAGCUAUUUACCAACACUUGGAUAUACAUACCAACAAGUUUUUGACAAUCCUUUAUUACUGAAUAAUAACCGCACAGCAAUUCAAGCACAAGUGAACUAUACUAUUGACUGGAAUUGGCUUAAUGUCCAAGAUCAACUCCUGGAUGAAAUGAAAAAAUUUGCAAUAUAUUACAUAGCCAUAGCUGGUGGUGUAAUGGUGUGUGGCUAUGUUCAGGUCAGUUUUUGGGCUGUUGCAGCAGAGAGACAAGCUCACAGAAUAAGGGACAUGUUUUUACGGAAUGUACUGAGACAAGAGAUUGGAUGGUUUGAUACACAUGAGACAGGAGAACUCAACACUCGUUUAUCAGAUGAUAUCAAUAAGAUUCAUGAAGGUAUUGGUGACAAGAUGGGUUCCUGUCUACAAUGGACAUCUGGUUUCCUGACUGGAUUUAUCAUUGGAUUCAUUUAUGGAUGGAAACUUACCUUGGUUAUAUUGGCCAUCAGUCCAUUAUUAGCUAUUACAGGAUUUGUAAUGAAUAAGCUUGUAGCAGACAUGUCUUCGAAAGAAUCUGAAGCCUAUGCUAAAGCAGGGGCGAUUGCAGAAGAAGUAUUUAGUUCUAUUAGAACUGUGGUCAGUUUUGGUGGACAGAAAAAGGAAUGCCAAAGGUACAAUUCCCACCUACAAAAUGCCAAGGAUGUUGGUAUUAGGAAGGGUUAUACUAAUGGCUUUUCUGUGGGAUUAGUAUAUGUUGUUAUGUUUGGAGCCUAUGCUCUUGGGUUUUGGUAUGGAGCCAAACUAGUUAGAGAGGAAUCUGAUAACUAUACUAUUGGAAAAGUUUUGAUUAUAUUUUUCUCUGUUUUGAUUGGUGCCUGGUCGAUUGGUAAUGUUGCUCCACCACUACAAUCAUUGGCAUCAGCCAGAGGAGCAGCUUAUGUUGUCUUUGACAUCAUUAAAUUGGUUCCAGAGAUUGAUAGCUAUUCUGAAGUAGGAACAAAGCCUGACAAGGUGACAGGGAGUAUACAGUUCAGAAAUGUUAAAUUUACUUAUCCUGCAAGGAAGGAAGUCCAGGUUUUGAAGGGAGUGGACCUAACUGUACAACCUGGUCAGACAGUUGCCCUAGUAGGAUCUAGUGGGUGUGGUAAAAGUACCUGUGUACAGUUAAUGACAAGAUUUUAUGACCCUGAAGAUGGAACUAUUACCCUGGAUGGAAAUAAUCUGAAGGACUUAAAUGUGAAAUGGUUGAGAGAACAUAUUGGUAUUGUCAGCCAGGAACCAAUCUUGUUUGCCAUGUCUAUCAAAGAUAAUAUAAGGAUGGGACGGAAUAAUGUUACUGAUGAUGAAGUCAUUGCAGCCACCAAAAUGGCAAAUGCUUACAACUUUAUAAUGGAUCUUCCUGAAAAAUUUAACACAUUAGUUGGAGAGAGAGGAGCCCAGCUAAGUGGAGGACAAAAACAAAGAGUUGCCAUUGCUAGAGCACUUGUAAGGGAUCCAAAAAUACUUCUUCUUGAUGAAGCUACUUCAGCCCUAGACACGGAAAGUGAGUCCAUAGUACAGGAAGCUCUAGACAAAGCAAGAGCUGGUAGGACAACAUUAGUUAUUGCUCAUAGACUUUCAACCAUCAAAAACGCUGAUAUUAUUGCUGGAUUUAAAGAUGGUGUGAUUGUAGAACAAGGAACUCAUGAUCAACUCAUGGCUAGGAAUGGAGUCUAUAACUCAUUGGUUACAUUACAGACUAAGAAAGUAGAUGUAGAAGUUGAGGCAGAAGAGGAAGAAUUAAUAAAGGAAUACACAGAAGGAAUAAAAAAGACGGACGAUAAGAAAUUACACCGAAUGAUGUCUACUUUAUCAGAUGGAAAAUCUGCAGCUCUUGAAAAACAGGAAUCUGUCACUGAUAAAAAGAAGAAGAAAGGAAAGAAGGGCGACAAGGAAGAAAAGGAAAAAAAACCUGAUGUAGGAUUUGGCCGAAUUAUUCGUUAUAACUCUCCUGAAUGGCCGUAUAUUUUGGUUGGAUGUAUUGCUGCAUGUUUGAAUGGUGGAGUUCAGCCAGCAUUUGCUGUCAUCUUUGCAGAAUUAAUCGGAGUUUUUGCAGAACAAGAUCAAGACAAACAGGAAAAAGAAGUUCUGAUGUAUUGUUUGAUAUUACUUGGUAUUGGUGUAGCAGGUUUUAUAGGAUUCUUUCUACAGGGUGCCAUGUUUGGUAGAUCUGGAGAAAACUUAACCAUGAGAAUCAGAAAGAAUACAUUCAGGGCAAUGAUAAGACAGGAUAUAUCCUGGUAUGAUGAUCAUAAGAAUGCUACAGGUGCUCUUACUACAAGACUGGCAGUUGAUGCUUCUCAAGUACAAGGGGCUGCUGGUGCAAGACUCGGUAGCCUGGUACAAAACGUUGCCAAUAUGGGAACAGCCCUGGUUAUUUCUUUUAUUUAUGGAUGGCAACUUACUCUUGUUAUCAUUGCAUUUUUGCCUGCGAUUGCUGUGGGUGGAGCAUUACAGAUGAAAAUAUUAAAUGGCGUUGCUGGGCAAAAUAAAGAAGCAUUGGAGGAAGCAGGCAAAAUUGCUACGGAAGGUGUAGAAAAUAUACGGACAGUCGCAUCAUUGACGAGGGAAGACAGGAUACAUGAUAUAUAUCUUGAAAGUCUGAGGGGACCAUAUCAGGCUGCUCUUAAAAAGGCACAUGUGGCAGGAUUUGCUUUCUCCUUUUCACAAUCUGUUAUUUUCUUUGCCUAUGCUGGAGCUUUCUUUUUUGGAGCAUACAUGAUCAAAGAAGGGGAAAUGGACUUUGUUGAUGUUUUUAAGGUAUUUUCUGCCAUUGUUUUUGGAGCUAUGGCUUUAGGACAGGCCAGUGCAUUUGCACCAGAUGCAGCUAAAGCCCAAGCCUCAUCAGAAGUUAUUUUCCCACUGUUGGAUACAACACCUACCAUUGAUGCUGAAUCUGAAAAUGGAGAGAAACCACAUGCUGAAACAGUAACCAGUACUGUCACAUUUAGAGACUGCAAGUUCCGAUACCCUACUCGUCCAGAUGUUGAGGUCCUACAGGGAUUGUCUUUAACGGUAGAUCCAGGACAGACCCUGGCAUUAGUGGGGACCAGUGGAUGCGGAAAGUCAACAACAGUUGCCCUGAUAGAAAGAUUUUAUGAUGUAGAGGCAGGAUCUGUGUUGCUUGAUCAGUAUAACGUGAAAGAUCUGAAUGUACCAUGGUUACGAUCCCAGAUAGGAAUAGUGUCACAGGAACCCAUAUUAUUUGACUGUAGUAUCAGAGACAAUAUUGCUUAUGGAGACAACAGUAGAACACCAAGUAUGGACGAGAUAAUCAAAGCGGCUAGGAAUGCUAACAUCCAUGAAUUCAUAUCAUCUUUACCAGAUGGUUAUGAUACUAAUGUUGGUGACAAGGGGACACAACUGAGUGGUGGACAGAAACAACGUGUAGCUAUUGCCAGGGCUUUGCUACGUAAUCCCAAGAUCUUACUCUUAGAUGAGGCUACAUCUGCUCUAGAUACAGAAAGUGAAAAGAUUGUACAAGAAGCGUUAGACAAAGCCAGGGCAGGCCGAACAUGUAUUGUUAUUGCCCAUAGAUUAUCCACCAUACAGAAUGCUGACAAGAUUUGUGUGAUAAAACACGGCACUGUCAGUGAGGAAGGAAAACACAACGAUCUAAUGGCCAAACAGGGAAUUUAUUAUAAGUUGAAUAUGGCACAGAAACGUCAGAAAUAAACCUAUUGACUUUAUCAUUUAUUUUGAAAAUUUGUGAUAAUUUUUAACUCAAACGGAAACAUUUUCCUUAUCUUUCAAUUGUAAUGUAAUAUGUUGAUCAAACCAGGAGCUGUGAAGUAUGAAUAAAUGAAAACCUAAGAUGAUUGGUUUUUUUUUGUAGUUUAUCAUGUGAAAGAGAAGUAGAUAAAUAGUUUUGAAAAGUGCUGUGUAUUGUAAGUGCUAACCAAGUUGUCUAUUUCUACAAUCAAAUCUUCUAAAUGGCAAAAAACAUAUAAUAUAUGGUUCUGUAUGAAACAGUUGUAUUUCAACAUUUCUACCUCAGAUUUACAGAUUUCCAUGUCAUAGAAACAAUUUUUGUUUCUUAUUUAAAUUUUUGUUUCCUUAGUCCCAUAUCAAAUAAAAAACUAACUGUAUCCAUAGGGAGGACACUUAAAUACCCACCCAUGGAAUUAAACUGUAAUCCUCAGGAAGGACACAAUAACAGAUACCCAUCCAUAGAAAUAAAGUACAUACACUUGUAUCAUUAGAUAACUUGACAUUGUAAACAUUCCUGGGAUUUAGUGCUUGUUGUUAUGGAACAAACUGUGUAUAUUUUGAUGACUUGUAUUAAUGUUAUAAUCAAAAGAAAUCCACAUUGUUUUUGUAUAUAAACUGCAUUUGAUGAUUUUCAUAUAAAACCGGUAUAAGUCCUUUGAUAUUUAUCUUGUUUUAGUUUUCAACUUGCUUUAUAGCAAUCUGAAUUUUCUGGAAUCUCAAAAUUCUUAAAAAACUCACCACUAUUUUUACAAGUUUAUUUAUCUCAUAGUUAUGGUAUAGAAGUCUUUUUGCUGGGGUCAUAAACUAGAUGCAGUAAUAAUUGAAACAGAAACACAGGUUGUGAUUAACAUUCUGACAAGGCUUACAAAAUGGUGAAGAGUUCAGACUGUAUGUUCAGUGUUUCUUUCUGUUCUGCCUUCUACAUAUUAAUCAUUUAUAUGUUGCUGACACCAGUCUGUAACAUUCAACACUUGCCUUCUUUUCAAAGUCUAAUAUACAUUGUAAAGUUCAAACCAGUUAAUGACAUUCACAUUUACUUCUGUUUUUUGUGUAGUAUGUAUUUGGAUAUUAAUUAGACGAAGCUAACAUCAUUCUGUAACAUUCUAUACUAACUCUGUUCUGUGUAUUAAAAGUAUGUAUUAAACUUAUAAUUGUGUAGAAAGUCCUUGAACAUGCAUUGAACUUGUUUUGAUGAUUUGUUCAUUUGUUUAUUUGUUGUUUUCCUAAAGGACUGUCUUCAUUUAUCUACUUAUUCCAGAAAGCUUUUAUUGUUAGGUUUUAUUGAGGACUUUGGAAUCUCAAUCUUAUUUCACUUUCUAUAUUUGGUAUUAUUUACAUUUUAGUAAUAUGUACUUGAUCUUACAUAUCUAUAUUUACCUAUAUCAUGACAUACAUAUAUCUACUUUAUUUAACGGGUUUAGUUUUACACAUAUGUGUUUUUCAUUAAUGUAGAUUUGUAUAUUCCUUUGUCCUCUAAUGUAUAUUAUAUCUGAUUCAUUUACUUUGACAUAAGGUAGUACCAGUGUAUUAUAAAUGAGUUUGUAACCUUCAAUAGACUGAGUUUUAUUUACCUGAAUUUUUAAAUUUAAAUGAUAGCAUUUAUAGUGCCCCAUUUUGAGGUAAUAUUUUUUAAAGAAAUACAGAAUUUUUUUGAUUUUUUUUCAAAAUUAUUUUAUAAAAUAUUUGUUUUAUGGGAGAUAACUCUAUUUAUAAAAGUCUAUCUUUUUUGUUGUGUAACAUAAAAAUGAGUUUACAUCAUCCUUUUGCUUUUAUUUUCUGAAAGAGCUAUCCUACCUUAUUUAAAGAAAAAAAAACAUCUUUAUAGUUAUAAUUAUUUAGUUCUCAUUAGUAAAACUACUAUGAUUUUUCCCUGUUUAAUUCAAAUUAAACAAGAGUUUUCAAAAUCUGUAAAUUAAAAACAGUUAUAUGUUUUUCAUAUUAUUUUGGGAAAAGGGGAAAUAAACAAUAUUUAAGGAUUGUGUACCCUUUAGUUGUUUCAAUGCUAAACAUAUGGAAAUUUUUUAGAAAAUCCACAGCCUUUCCCUUUGCACUCUUAAUAUUUGAAAAUUUGGUGCUUAAUAGAUAGAGGAUUAUUGCAUGCAAAUCAUGAACAAUCGAGUGAUUGAUCUAUGUUUAAAAUUUUAUAACGAAAAUCUCUGUAAUAAAGUCUGUUGAUUUUCUGCCAAAAUCUUGGUUUUCUUUGCCACAAAAUCACCAUUUUCUAUUAAAAGCAAUGCAACAAUAAACAUUAUUGCUUUGAACUACUUUUCCCAUUGGUAUACAAAAUGGCACAUCACUUUUAUUCUGUAUUUUUGCUAUUUAUCAUAGCACUUUAAAAAUUUCCUAUAGAAGGGGUCAUAAACAUUAAGAAAGUAAAAAAAAGAUGUAUAUAAUUUUUGUUUCUACUCCCAUAUUACUCUAAAACAUUACAGUUUUUACAUGACAUCAUAUCAUACAUCAUAUCAAGGUUUUUUAUUCUUUUGACUUUUGAUGGAAACAUGAUUAUCUGAUAAGAGCUUUCAGAUUAUGGUUAUGUAUAUCUACCCAAAUAGUAAUGAGCAAGACAAAAAAUACAUAUCAGUUUGGAUAGAUACACUUUUAACAAAUGAAGGUUACACAAGAUAUGAAAUGUGCCUGAAAAUAGGAAACGUUUUAAAUGUCUGGGAACAGCUUAAGCUCAUUCCUUUCCUAGGAAUUUAAAUGUCAUAAUGUAUAUAUUUCUAUUGUACUUCAUACUUGUUUUAAUGUCAUCAUAUUGUUAUGUGUUUAACCAACAUUUCACAUAAAGUUGAAUUCUAUGCUUGUCAAACUCAAGUUUGGAAAAAAAUAGUGAACUAUUGAUUCCAUCUUAUGGAUCAAGAUUGAAUGUAAAUACUUGAGUAGUAAAAAAAGUUCCUAUGUUAAAAAAACAUUGAAUGAUUAGCUUAUAAGACAUCACUAGGAUUUACACAUGAAUGAUUAGCUUAUAAGACAUCACUAGGAUUUACACAUGAAUGAUUAGCUUAUAAGACAUCACUAGGAUUUACACAAUGUGAUUGUAUCUAAAGAGUUGUUUUUUACAUGUUUGAAGCUUGUUUUUAUUUUAUUUGCAAAGACAAUUUAUUUUAAUAGGUUUGUCCUUUAUUUUAACUAGUGUUGUUUGUGUGCAGUAAUUUAAAAGACAGCUUUUAUCAAACAAUCUCGGAACUUACCUCUCUAUUGCAUCAUAUUGAUUUUAUGUACACAAAAGCAGUUUGUAAGAUUAACAGGGUAUAUAUCUGACAAAGAACAAUCAGUGUCUGACCAGUGCGAGGACAAUGACUGUGUGAUAUAAUGACCAGUUUGUAUAUUAUAUAACGAGAGUAUGUUUCUUAUGUGGCUUUUUUUAAUAAAUGUAUUAAUUGUU